AUGCAACAAAAAACACUAUUACAGAUUUUGCAGUAGAACUUAGAGUUAGAGUGUUUCUAAAAAUUUAAGCUAUUUAAAAAUAUUUGCUCUUAAAUAUUGCUAAUUCAUUAUUAGAAUAAAGCUUACAAAUAUCUUUGCCCUGAAAACAUCUUUGUUGAUGACAAUAUGAAUGUAACUCUGAGAGAAUUUAAUGAUGACUCUAAUGUUUAAAGUGAGCACUAAGACUGGCUUUUUUAAAGUCCUGAACUAUAAAUGUCAUUUAAAGAUUCUUAAAAUAGCUCAAUUACAUAAAAAACUGACAUCUGGUCUAUAGGGUUGUUACUUAAUGUUGUUUUUACUUUGAAAAAUUUAAUUUCAAUGAGAGGAAGGAUAGGUUUUUCUAAAAAUUCAGAAUAUUUUUUCGAAAUAAUUCCCAUAUGCAUGAAAAUAAAACCUGAAGAUCGUCCUAGUUGCUUUGAAUUAGUAUCCUUUUUAGAAGAUUUUGAAAAUAAAUACUUAAAAUUGCAUCUAAAUGAAAUGAAAUAAGCUCAUGAAAGCUUUAAAAGAGAAAGAUAAAUUUCUUCAACAAUUAAAAUAUAGAAAUUAGAUCUCAUAGAAAAUGAUGACGAGUUAGAAAUUAGAGGAAAUAAUAUUGAGUUAGAAGAUUUAAAGUUAGAAUAUAAAAAUUUUUCUUUUCAUGCCAAAUCAAAGAAUAGUAAUGAACACUUGUAUCUUUAAAUAUAAGAUAGACCUUUGAAGCUUAGUUAAAAUAAAAUUAUUAAAGUUGAUGAUUAUGAGAUUCAAGUAUCCAACUUAGAUAAUUAAGAAGGAAUAAUUACAUUAAAAACUACUUAAGAAAAUGUUUCGUUUGAAAGCUCUUUUAAAAUCUAAAAUGGUCAAUAUAUAACUAUUGGUCCAGACCAGGAUGAUCAAAUCCAUCUAUUUGGUUUAAAUAAUGAUAGUUCACUAAAAAUUGAAAAAUUGAUAGAUGGGUUUUAUAUUGUAUAAUAAAGUAGCUUAACUGAUAGCAGUAGUAGUCUAAGCUCAACUGACAGUGGAAGAGUUUACUUAAAACUUGAACAUGAUACUCCUAUCUAAAAUCAAAGCAUCAUUUGCAGUGAAACUCAAAGAUAUUUUAUUAAAUAAAUUUGCUGA